GCGUCAUAGACUCAUUUCAAAACAUUGAAUAUUGAGAGAUACCCCAACGUCAGAAGGAGAAGAUAGAGAUGAACCACCGUAACAAACAGAUUGAUUCCGGCUCUGGCUCCGGCUCCGGCUCUGGAGAUAACCGCCGGACUUAUGACUGCAACAUCUGCCAGAGAGGUUUCACGAAUCCUCAAGCUCUCGGUGGUCACAAUAACAUCCACCGCAGGGAACGCGAAAGAUACCCCUCCUUCUCUUCUUCUUCUUACUCAUUUCCAUUUUCUCUUCCUUUACCGUCUCAGUAUCCAUCCUCCUCCAUAAACUUCUCAAACCCUAAUAAUAACAACAACCCGCCUCCUUAUUUUCCGACCAUUGAUUCAUACCAACACCAAGGGUCGUCUCAGCCACCGAUUAACCCUAGCCACAACACACAAUACUUUGGAUCAUCAUCGAGAGGAGGAGGGAGAUUUUCUCAAGGGGACUCUCAUGAUCUUAAUUUGAGCUUAGGGCUCGGAUCCAUGAAUGAAAAUGAUGACACUCACCGGAGCCCACCAGAGACCAGAGGUUCUCAGCCUCAAGAUGAGGAUCUUGAUCUUGAUCUUCGACUCGGCGGUCAUCGUCAUCAUUAAGAUCGCAGCGGUUUCCCUCACGUUCGAUCCACGUAAUCAUAUACAAUAUAUAUAGUUGAAAGUUAAUCACCGUAUAAUACAUGAUGUUUAUUGUG